UUGACGUCAUCUUGUCAAUGUGAUUGAAACUUGAAAGUGACACUAGACAAUUGUUUACAUUCUCAAUUUGUAUAAUCCUCUGCAUUUUUUUCUUUUUCAUUUUUAAUUCCUAGACAGUUUAUUUAUAAAGCAUAGGACUCGGAUUAAAUUAAGUAAAAGAAUCCUUGGUGAUCCAGUAUGGUUGAUGUAAAGGACGAUAUGAUGAACAAUGAGUCUGAUACCUAUGGUAGUGCCAAUGCAGCUGAUCCAAAAAAUGUACAGGAAUUAACACAAUAUGUCCAAAGUUUACUACAAACUAUACAAGACAAAUUUCAAAAUAUGUCUGACCAAAUUUUAACUAGAAUUGAUGAAAUGGGGACCCGAAUAGAUGACUUGGAGAAGAAUAUUGGUGAUUUAAUGACCCAAGCGGGUGUAGAAGGACCUGAUAAGUAAACCCCAUAUCAGUAUGUAUCACCAGGUGAUACAACAGGGAUAUUUUAACAAAAAUGUUCUCGGUUAAGUUUUUAAGUUAUUUAUGUAAGACAUGUUUAGUUUUUAGUCCAAUUUAACAUAUUUAUCCACUGCUUCUGUAUAAUAAGACCAAAUAAUAAACUGUAAACUAUUAUUUAGUCAUAACAUGCAAGUCAGCCUUUUUUAAGGAAAUAUAUUUGUGUUAUUUUUUAAUGAA